GUAGGCGUUCGGUAGGCGUCGAGUCGUCAGAGAGGGAGGAACAACGUUAGCGCUCGGGACGGAUUUUUAUUUUAAAUAUUAAUUACAUUUUUUGUGGGGGGGAAACUUAAAGGCAGAUAUCCCGUUUUUAAUCCAUUCUCUGCUAAGUUUCUACAGAAACAGGUAGAGAUGCCAGUUGUGCGGUUUCAGGUUGGAGAAACUGUGAUGGGCCGCUGGCCCGGCAGUAACCUUUACUAUGAGGUCAAAGUGUUGAGUUACUCUGUCAAGUCUCAGCUCUACACAGUCAUCUACAAAGAUGGUACAGAACUGGAGCUGAAGGAUGCAGAUAUCAAGAGUGUGACUGGAUUUAAGCAGGGUUCUGGCCGCACUCGGUCUCGCUCUCGCUCCCGAUCUCCAGCACGCAGUCGCCGAAGUAGAUCACGCUCUCCGGCAAGAAUAUCGCGUCGCUCUACAUCCCAAACCACCGAGACACGCAGGGAUAAACUUAAAGAUAUGCUGGAAGUGCGCCUCUCGCCCGUGACAAUGUCAGUGGUGAACAAUAGCAACAAUGAGCAUGAAAAGAAAGAGGAGAAUGACACGGCUAACAAAGUCGUUGAGGUAAAGGAGGAAAUUGAGAACCAGGUAAGUGGCCGCUACAAUCUUCGUCGCCGGAAGGACCAGGGUGAAGAACGACCGAUAGAGAAAAAGAAGCCAGUUGUGCUACUGGCCACACCACAGCAGACCAGCAAGACUACCGAACUGCAGUUUGGGGGAAGGAUCGGUGUAUUGUUUUUGCUGCUGCUGCUUCCUGUGGUGGUGCUGGCACUGCUUAUUCUCUGUGGCCAGAAGGAUUCUGGUCUCCUCAGCUUUCCUCACAUGCUUCUUCCACUUGACUCUCUCUGGGACUGGCAGGUUUUUGGCAUCACAAUCCUUUGGCUGCUCUUCCAGGCUGUCCUCUCCCUGCUCCCUAUUGGCAAGGUGGUUCAUGGGAUGCCUCUAAAAAAUGGGAAAACACUGAAAUACAGGAUUAAUGGGUUUUACGCGCUCCUCAUCAGUGGUAUAGCGGUAGGCGCUGGUGUAUACAAUGAAGUGGACCUUGGCUACAUCCACACUCAUUUCCUCCAGUUCUACACCUCCGCCCUGCUCAUCUCCGUCCUCCUCAGCAUCUACCUGUUUGUCCGUUCCCGUUGGGCCUCUGAUGAUGAGCUUGCUCCAGCUGGAAAUACUGGUUAUGUGAUGUAUGAUUUUUUCAUGGGACGUGAGCUGAAUCCACGAAUCAAAGAUUUUGAUAUCAAAUUCUUCUGUGAAAUGCGUCCCGGACUUAUUGGUUGGCUUGUGUUCAACUUUGCGAUGUUACAUGCCGAGAUGAAACUUCAGAAUCUUGACAUCCCUUCCUACGCCAUGCUGCUUGUGAAUGGCUUCCAGAUGCUUUGGGUUGUUGAUGGCCUUUGGCAUGAGGAGAAACUUCUAACCAUGAUGGAUAUAGUUGACGAUGGCUUUGGGUUCAUGUUGGCUUUUGGAGAUUUGGCCUGGGUUCCUUUUACUUUCACUUGUCAGUCAUACUACCUUGUCCGUCACCCCAGUGACCUGUGUGGGUUUUGGAUUGUUGCCACCAUCUUACUGAAUGCAAUUGGCUACUACAUAUUCCGGAAAGCCAACUCUCAGAAAUUUGCUUUCAGAAGAAAUCCAAACGAUCCGACCUUGUCUCAUCUGAAAACAAUACCAACUGCAACUGGAAAGAGCCUCAUUGCUUCUGGUCUGUGGGGUUUUGUCCGUCAUCCGAAUUACCUCGGAGACAUCCUCAUGGCACUGGCUUGGUCCCUAACAUGUGGUUUUAAUCACAUAAUUCCUUAUUUUUAUCUGAUUUACUUGAUCAUCCUUCUGGUGCAUCGGGAGGCACGGGAUGAGCAUCAGUGUAGGAAGAAAUACGGCUUGGCGUGGGAGCAGUAUUGCAAAGUGGUGCCUUACCGCAUCUUCCCCCGAGUGUACUGACAACACACUCGCAUAUUUGGGGCAUACAAAAUUUCCUGUGGAGUAUCUGAAUGAAAAUCUUAAUUCUAAGAGUAAAAGAAGAAGAAAGUAAGCGAGCGUAUCACAAAGCAACUCGGCAGCUAUUUGGAUCAGAGAACAAAAAAAUGUUUUAAGCUCUCUUAUGUAUAAUAAUGUACAUACAUGUUUUUCUACUCAAGCCAUUUCUGCCGUAACCUUCCCCCAUAUAUGAGCUUUUCAACCAUUUGUUUUACCUUUUUAUUUCUCAGUGUAUUCUGCAAUACGUUAAGUUUUAAUGCUUUUGUAUAUUAUGUUUGAUUGGAUAUUAAUUGAUGUAAUUGUAUGUAUUCCACUUUUGUCUCUUUUUUUUUUUUUUUUUUUGUAUAGUGAAAACAGUUAUGUCUCAGGACCAGUGCUUUUUAUAAGAAGAAAAUUGGAUAAAUAUUUUUUUUUAUAUAUAAUUUAAGGCAAAUUGUUUUGAAAUUAAUUUUACAUGCUCUGUGUGAAAAUGUUCAUUUUAGCCUGAAUGCUUAAGUUACAUAUUGCUUAUUUUAUUUUGUUCUGAAAUAGAUGAUUUAUUAUUUUCAUUUGUUAUUUCUUGUAAUAUAUAUGAUGCAUGGCACCAAAUAUCACACUUAUGGUAUUAUUUGACUGAAAUCUACCUUUGCAAACAUGUUAGUGUAAGAAGAAACAUGAAAUGGAUCAGUGGUGCUGGUGCUUGGUGGUACUGUUGGUGAAUUAGGCUGAUGAGAGUUUAAUGUCGUGUAUAAUGUCUUGGCACAAAUCUUUUAAAAUGUAAGAAAUAAUUUGCACAGAAGGAAGUGUUUAUUAGGUAACUUUUUACUUCUUAAAACGGGUUGAACAAAAGACUGGGAGCUUCUGUCCUGUGUAGCAAAUCAGUAUUUCUUAACCGGGCAGAUUAUCCAGCAUGUACACUGCAGUACUUAUCAUUUGUGUACAUUUAGAACCUUUCAUGUUUUCCUGAUGUUUACUGGUUUGUUUUGCUUGGUAUUUUAACCUAUUAUUGCUGAUGAAAAGAAAUUCAGUGUUCCUGUACUAAACUAAACUAAACUAAACUAUUAGCAGCAAGUUACCCAGUCGUCUCAGGGUGAGUCAGUUUUCGGAUGCUGUGAGACGACUGCCGAUUUGUGAAAUGUUCUGUUUGGCUUUAAUUGGAUGACCAUCGGAGCACACAGGGAUGUUUUAUAGACCAUAAAAACAAAAACAAAAAAAAGCAAAUGCUGCCUAUAAGGCAGGAUGUUCAUUGUAUGUUUUGCCAAAAAUAAAGUAUUUUGUGUAGCCUA